UGCCCCUGUCCUGAGGAGAAGCCUGUUGUUUCUCCCACAGGAGUGCCCAGACACUGACAAUAACUUCCUGGUUUUCAGUCGGGACAAAGUCGUGCGUGCAAAAGGGACGAAUAUCCAAGCUGCUGUUGAUCAUGGAGACCAGGUAUUCUCUGCUCCUGGUCGGAUGUCUGCUGUCUAUGUCCCUGGCCAACGCUGCCCUGAACCCUCCAGAGGGACCUAACAACACUUCAACCAUCUCACCUGCCACGACAGGGGUUCCAAACCCAGCCACUGCCACGGCAACGCUGAACAGAACCUCCGCCGCCAAUGGAACGCUCACAACAACAGCGGGUGUCACGCCUGCGUUCAAGGGAGGAGGUGUUCUGCCCAACGGCUCUGCUGGCACCUCCACAGUCCCCAUGGCCAGCUCUGUCAGCACCCACACCCCAGGGCCUGCAGCCGGAGCCGGGGAGAUUAACACCAUGUCUAGCCCUCCUACUGGCUCUCCUCUCACCCCAGUGCCAACGACUCAAUCACCAGCUACGACUGUGAUUUUCAACACCACGUCUAAUCUGACAACGACUCAAUCACCAGUUACGACUGUGAUUUUCAACACCACGUCCAAUCUAACAACAACUCAAUCACCAGCUACGACUGUGAUUUUCAAAACCACGUCCAAUCUAACAACGACUCAAUCACCAGCUACGAACGAGACUGUGAACGCCACAUCAGCCUCACCCUCCCAUCCACCAAGUGAAUAUCCUCCCACCGCUAACACCACCUCGUGGGUGUCAACGACCAACGCAGCACUUAACGACACACGAGGAACGGAAGUGAGGCUGGAUGACUAUGAGAAGACCCUGACUGUGGUGUUCAGUGUGGUGCUGGGGGUGUCCAUGUUGGGGUUGGUGAUGUACCAGAUGAUAAGAUGCCACCAGAGAAGAGUCCAGUACUCGCAUCAGCCGCUCACUGAAAACACUGGUGACUUAUACAUCUCAGAUGACGACACGCUUGUCAUAUCAGGAGGACUCUAUGAAGGACACGUCUCUGAGCCAAUCACAACACAGGAAGACUUCCCUCCUGACCCCUCCCAGCUAACACAGUUCCGCCUUGAGUUCUUAAAUGAUGAUCGAUAAUUACUGUCCUGUUCUUAGAGGCAAACAAUCCUUGCUUUCACUGUUUGGUUUUGAGUUAUCUGGGAUCUAACUGAUUUGUUAGUCUGACAAGUAUGAUCACAUUUUAUGUUGUUUUAUUUGACAAUUCAUACAAUAAUGUAAAUAACAACUAAACAAAUAUAUAUAUAUAAAUAUAUAUAAAUACAGUAAUUUAAAGUAGAUUACAAAACCGGAAAAAUGUAUUUAAUAAUUUAAGAACAAUAAGUUAAAGUUGAACAAUAAUAAUAAUGAAAAACUAAAAAUAUUUUCUGAACAUAAAAUUCUCAUUCAUGUUGAAUGGAGUCAAACUUAAGCCCGAGAUAGUAUAGUGAUCAAUA